CGUCUGAGCUUUGUAAUAAUGGCCUAGAUUCUUGCAAUCAAACUAAGGUGAUAAGUCUUCUGGAUGAUAGACCACUGUUAUAUAUAAAUACAUGACCUUGAGACGAACUUAAAUCAUACCCACAAUACCAACUCAUCAACAAAACUUGUUGUACUCAUACAGAAAAAACAUAUAGAAAAACAAUGAACUCGAAAGCUGUUGUGUUUGCGUGUCUGUUGUUGUUAGUCUCAGCUGUCGUUGCAAUUGCUGCUGAAGGAAAUCAAGAGCAACCUCAGAGUGCGAAAGGUGUAAAUGAUAAAAGAGGAGUAGAAGAGUCAAAGAUGCGCUGCUACCAUGGAUGUUGCCGUUAUUAUGGGCAUGACUGCGUAAGAUGCUGCGGAAGUCUUGCAGAAGCACAGGAUGCUGCCGCUGCUGCUAAUGCUGCGGCUGAAGAGGAGAAUGAAGUGGAAGUAACCCCACAGGGAUGGGGAGGUCAUGGCGGAUGGGGCGGUGGAGGUCGUGGCGGAUGGGGCGGUGGAGGUCGUGGCGGAUGGGGAGGUGGAGGUCGAGGGGGAUGGGGCGGAGGUGGAGGUCGGAAGUGAGUGGAGAAAGAAAAACUUGUAAUGUGUGUGUUAAGUAAUCUUAUCGAGAAAUAAGGGUCGAAGGGAAGGAAAAUAAUAAGUAAUGAAUAUGAAUGGAGUAGAAUAGAAGGGUUAGAUCCCUCGUCAAUAUUUCACUAUAUUGCAUACUACUUUUGUUAUUGUCAACCACUGUUUCUAUGUGAAAUAUAGAAUGUCUUUAUUUUAA